ACUUCAAGCCGGACGUAAAUAAAUCGCCAUCGCCAUUAUUGUCUUGAACAUACCAGCAGCAAAAAAUUACUGUUCAUUACUUUGUUAUUUAACAAACUACUGGAAUUUUAAAACGUCAGUGUCAAUAAAAAAAUAUCAAUCGUUACAAGAAACAAAAUUGCAGUAAAAAAAAACAAAUAGUUUGUUAUUGAAGAGGUUUUAUAAUUUGAAAAGUUAAAUAUAUAUUAAAGUAAAAGUUUAAAAGUUUGAGUGAGGAAGCAACAGCAUCAGCACCAACACCAACACCAGUAGCAGUAUCAGCAACAAGUAUAUUGUGUGUGAAUAGCCCUUGUGGCUGAGUGUUUAAAUAGUUUAAGUGUAACUACCACGCCCGAAAAUAGGCCUGUCAGAUACAGCGGUUAUGGACAUGGUGAUCACGAAUUUACAACAGCAACGUCAAGUGACCGAACAGCUACGACGUGAAGCCGCUAUCAAGCGUAUCACUGUCAGCAAAGCUGUUGAGGACAUAAUGAAAUACAUCACUGAGCAUGAACAAGAGGAUUGCCUGCUUGUUGGAUUUUCCUCACAAAAAUCAAAUCCAUUUCGUGAAAAAAGCUCUUGUAUACUUCUAUAGCGAUGGCGAAAUUUUUUUGUUUGAUUUACUUUUUAUUUCAUUGAAAGUUAAUUUUACUUUUAUUUACUUCACUCUACUUACUUUUAUCAUUUUAUUUAAAUAAAUAAGUCAUUAAACUUAUUUACAAUCUUUAUAAAUUGAAAGUAAAUAAUUUUUUUAAAAUUAUGAUUAAAUACUAAAAAAUGUUUAAUCAUUUUUUACAACAACUUUAUUUAUAAUUAUUUAUUUUUUCAUUUAAUCAUUUAAAUUUAAUCGAUAGUAAAAUAAAUAGUUGAUGUGAAAAGUAUAUUCUAAAUGUUUCCUCAUUAGAUAAACUUUAGUCGAUUAAAUCUUGCAUUCGAGUGCGGACAAAAAUUUUAAUAAUGUUGUCUAUUACAUAUUUAAAAAAUAUUGUUUUAUAAUUGUGAUUUUAAAACAACUAAAAUGUCUUCGAUAUAUCUAUUAAUAUGUUACUCUAGCUUUCAUAUUAAAUAAAAUUUUAUUUAUUGAAAAAAUAUUUUCAAUUUUAUAAUUAUCUACACAAUAGUCUUGCAUUAUUUAAAAAUAUUUUUCUACUCAGCUCUUUAUCAAGAAAUAGGAAUUUAAUGUUAAUAAAAUAUUUCACUGCAAUAUACAUAUAUAUGCUGCAGUCAAAUAAAUAUGACACUUCAUGAAAUAGAUUAUUGAUAUCAAUAUUUUUCUAUAUAAAUUCUACUGAAAUUUUUAAUCAAGACUGAAACAGAUUUAAAUAAUUGUAUUGCCGCACUCUUUCUUAUCUAUUUACAAAUGUGUCUAUUUAAAUUAGAGUAGAAAUAUUACAAAAGAAAAGUGUCUAAUAAUGUUUGGAAUUUAAUAAAGUAUUGAAU